GUCAACUUUUAUAAAGUCGGGUGCUGCUUGUUUUUGUGAUAUCUAUUUGAUUUCAGGAUCUUUGAAGUGUGAAAGAUAUUUUUGAUUGAUCAUUACCACUUAUUCUGCCCGUGCCGCCCUUCAGUAACGGAACUAUUAGGUAUUAUUAAGUGCGAAAUACGAGGCAACCGUUGAAUAACUUUGAGAAUCAAACUCGAUUACGCAACUCAACUCUCCAUCUGUCCCGCGAGAAUUUCACCUUGCCACUGUGUAUAAAACUCGCAACUUACUUACAAGACCUGUCACACCUCAAACCUCGAUUCAAAGACACGUAGUUGACUUCGGAUCACGAUGGCUACAAAUCUGCGUGGCGUGGGGGAGGGGCAAGGCAUAGGACAAGCUCUGAAGAGUAUGUUAGGAAAGGCCACCACGGCGGUACCAGAACAGAAGAACGAUAAAGUGCAAUUAGUUAAUAGGGCCGGGGAAAGCAAGAGUCCAUAUGUUCGCGCACACUCUUCGAAUCCUGUUGCAUGGCAGCUUUGGGGAGAUGAGGCUAUUGACUUGGCGCGCCGAGAAAACAAGUUAUUGUUUGUGAGUAUUGGUUACAGUUCUUGUCAUUGUAAGUUUUUCGUUCCGCGAUUCUUAGCAAGUGGGUGAUCAAAAGCUUACGGGAUGUAUUAAGGGUGCCAUAUAAUGGAGCGCGAGUCCUUCGAAAACGAAGAGGUAGCUGCGAUAUUAAAUAGCUCAUUCAUACCUAUCAAAAUCGAUCGCGAAGAACGUCCGGAUAUUGAUCGCAUUUAUAUGAACUUUGUGCAAGCUACAACGGGCUCUGGAGGAUGGCCACUGAACGUCUUCCUUACACCGAGUUUGGAGCCAGUGUUCGGAGGGACAUAUUGGCCAGGACCAAGUAAGACGAAAGCCUUCGAAGACCAAGUCGACUUUUUGGGAAUUUUAGACAAAUUGAGCACAGUUUGGUCAGAACAAGAACGGAGAUGCAGACAGGACUCGGCUCAAAUUCUGCAGCAGUUGAAGGACUUCGCAAAUGAGGGAACAUUGAGUAACAGGUUAGGAGAUGCCGUGGACAAUAUUGAUCUCGAAUUACUGGAAGAAGCCAACCAACACUUUGCGAAGAGCUUUGAUAAGAAGAAUGGAGGUUUUGGGUCGGCUCCAAAGUUCCCUACUCCUUCAAAACUGGCCUUUUUGCUCCGUUUGAGCCAAUUUCCGCAAGCUGUACUUGAUAUCGUUGGCAUUCCUGAUUGUGAAAAUGCGAAGAAUAUUGCCAUCACAACUCUACGGAAGAUGGCUCGUGGUGGAAUUCAUGAUCAUAUCGGGAAUGGAUUUGCUAGGUAUUCUGUCACGGCUGACUGGUCUCUUCCUCACUUCGAAAAAAUGCUUUACGACAAUGCACAACUACUACAUGUCUACUUGGAUGCUUUUCUUUUAUCAAGGGAUCCGGAGUUUCUAGGUGUUGCAUACGAUAUUGCAGAUUAUUUAACAAUCACUCUUUUUCAUCCACAGGGAGGAUUUUGUUCUAGUGAAGACGCCGAUAGCUAUUACAAAGCUGGCGAUACCGAGAAACGAGAAGGUGCCUAUUAUGUUUGGACGAAACGAGAAUUUGAGAACAUUCUUGGCACCGAACAUGAGCCGAUACUGUCAGCAUUUUUCAAUGUUACUAGUCAUGGUAACGUAGCUCAAGAGAAUGAUCCACAUGAUGAAUUCAUGGACCAAAACGUGUUGGCCAUUUCAAGUACUCCAUCUGCAUUGGCAAGCCAGUUUGGUAUGAAAGAGGCUGAAGUUAUAAAGGUCAUCAAGGAAGGCAAAGCGAAACUAAGAAAACGCCGAGAAGCUGAUCGAGUAAAGCCAGAUAUGGAUGACAAGAUUAUUGUGAGCUGGAAUGGUAUUGCGAUUGGGGCAUUGGCUAGAGCAUCUGCAGUUAUUAACGGUUUCGAUCCAGUCAAGGCUCAAGACUACCUAGAUGCGGCUCUUAAAACGGCCAAGUUUAUCAAGGAAAACCUAUAUGAUGAAAAAUCCAAGGUUCUCUACCGGAUUUGGCGUGAAGGAAGAGGUGACACUCAAGGAUUUGCGGAUGAUUAUGCAUUUUUAAUGGAAGGGCUUAUCGAUUUAUAUGAAACUACAUUUGAUGAAAAGUGGCUUCAAUGGGCUGAUGAACUUCAACGUAAGUCAUUUCUUAUCCUCUAUCUAAUAUAUUACUAAUUGUAAUCAAUAGAAUCUCAAAUAAACUUCUUCUAUGACGCAAAUAAAGGUGGCUUUUUUUCAACCAUCGCCUCGGCACCAAACGUGAUCCUUCGUCUUAAAGAGGGCAUGGAUUCUGCUGAGCCCUCCACAAACGGCACAUCCUCCUCGAAUCUCUACCGCCUAUCUUCGAUUUUGAAUGAUGAAUCUUAUGCAAAGAAGGCGAAUGAGACAGUCAAGAGUUUUGAAUCCGAAAUGUUACAGUAUCCUUGGUUAUUCCCCAGUUUCAUGCCAGCAAUAGUAGCUAGUCACUUGGGUGUAAAGAGUGUUGUGGUUCAUGAGGUAGCUGGUGAUACCAUAGCUGAGAAGCGAGUUCGAGAAUUUCAAAAGGCGCCCAGAGGUGGAUUGGAAUCGCUUGUUCUGUUGAAUUCAUCUGAGAGGAAUGGACAGUGGUUGAGAGAGAGAAAUUCUCUGCUGAAGGACACGGGGAAGAACGAAAAGACUAAGAUACUAAUCUGCGAAAAUGGGCUAUGUAAAGAAGAGGAUGAGGUAUUCUUUGUGGACUCGGGUGUAAAGAUGGAAAGUCCCAAUGAUGGUGAAGGGUUCAAAAUGGCUGGUUUGCAGGGAUCAUUACCGAAUUUGGAAGGAAAUGCAAAUAAGAUUUAAGGAGGGAGUAAAAGUUCAGAGGCACAUUUGAAACAGCUUGAGCAGCUAAACCUAGCGUCACGGAUGCAAAAAGGGAAAAUUGGGUAUACGUACGCUCGUGAGUACAGAGCGUUUCUCACAGUAAAUAAAUCUUUGUAGUUAGCCACACUUGGAAUUCUUUUUAUAUGUAGUAGGGUGGAAAGAAGGAAAGAAGGAAAGAAGGAAAGAAGGAAAAAUAGCGAUCAAGGCGUUAAUAUGGGC